GUGGACUUUGUUUGAGCGACACGUCAAUGCGAAGAGCGGCUUUUGGUGGAUUUAAACUUUCUAUCCUUUUACUUUUACCUCUAUAUCCAGCACAUCUAUCAUUGGAUGUUUUGUGUGGAACGUCUUUAGCUCCGUUUACCAGUCAGGAAUGGGUAUAAAGAAGCAAAAAUAAAAUUGGAGCCGUCCAACAGGUAAACCACUACUGCUUUUGUCGCCAAGCACAACUGAGCUCAACAAAAAGAUUAAAGCUCCUGUGGGCUGCUUUAAGACCUGGAGGACACUUCUCUCUAAGCAGCAACCUACUCGGGUUUUGCAGGUUAGCAACUUCACACAGUUUAAUGUUAUGCUAACUCUGAUGCAGGUUGGACUUUCAGAAGCAAAAUUAAUGGUUUGUUCCUCACUUCCAUAACAUUGACGUCUUUUUACACUUCUUACAGUGGCUGCUGCUGCUGGCUGAAAAAAAACUUCUAAUAUCCCUAAUGUCUGUGUGUGGGGGUGGGGGUCAAGUCAUCAACCAAUCCAAUGUGCGGUUAGGAGGAAAAAAAUGGACGUGGACAUGGAAGUGAAAAGAGGCACAUAUGACCACUGCUUGGAGCUUAGUAAGGAUCACAUCCACCGGCAAAAAACAAACAGGCUUUUAAUCCUGAAAGGAUUCCUUGUCUUUGCGCGAAGAGGCUGCUAGCCGUGUGCGAGGAGGACCUGUGGGAAUAAAAGGAUCAAGUCAAGGGCACGUUCACUACCUCCAAAGAUGCUGGCGAGGAUAGAAAGCUGAGCUGGACUCCCCAGGAGCUUCAUGAAUUUUGAGGAAAGUUAAAACAAACACUGUUCUUUUGUGUUUGUUGGUGCGAGGGUUAGGAAAACCAUGAGGACAUUAGCGGCAGGGCUCAUGGCCGCUGCCUUCCUGCUGGUCGUCUGUGUCCAGUCAGUGACAACCACGGACGACGACGUGAUGCCGCGCAUCACUUUCCCAUAUAAUGCAAAGGAAAGAUCAGCCAAGAGGUUCUCGGCUGAGGGUGUCUUCAAUUAUACGUCGCUAUUGCUCAGCCAAGAGGAUGACAUGCUCUACGUAGGGGCCCGGGAGGCACUGUUUGCCCUCAGCCUCUCCGACAUCAGCAGGACUAAGCUGCAAAAGAAUCUGACUUGGGCAACCCCGCUUGGAAAGAGAGAAGAGUGCAGCUUCAAAGGGAAAAACCUUGAGACCGAUUGCUUCAAUUACAUCAAGAUUCUGCUGCGUCUCAACAGCACUCACCUGUAUGUGUGCGGCACCUACGCCUUCAGUCCUAUUUGCAGCUACAUUAACACGUCCACGUUCACGCUGGCGAGAGAUGACACCGGGGAGGUGACGAUGGAGGACGGACGCAGCCGCUGCCCAUUUAAUCCCGAGUACAAAUCAACUGCCAUCAUUGUUGAUGGUGAAUUGUACACAGGCACAGUCAGCAACUUCCAAGGAAACGAGCCUGUCAUUUACAAGAGUUUGGGUCAAGGAACGUCUCUCAAGACGGAAAACUCUUUAAAAUGGCUGCAAGAUCCAGUCUUUGUGGGCUCGGCUUACAUCGAGGAGAGUCAGCCAAUAGGGAACGCCGUGGGCGACGACGACAAGAUUUACUUCUUCUUCAGCGAGGCGGGGAAGGAAUUUGACUUCUUUGACAACACCAUUGUGUCGAGGAUCGCUCGCGUGUGCAAGGGUGACAGAGGUGGCGAGCGUGUGCUGCAGAAGAAGUGGACGACCUUCCUGAAGGCCCAGCUGCUGUGUUCCCUACCAGAUGAUGGCUUUCCUUUCAACAUCAUCCAGGACAUGUUUGUCCUAAAACCCAUGGGAGACAGCUGGGAGAGCACAGUCUUCUAUGGUGUCUUCACGUCACAGUGGUACAAAGGCGCAUCUGGAAGCUCUGCGGUGUGUGCUUUUACCAUGGCCCAGGUGGAACGGGCCUUCAGUGGACGCUACAGGCAGGUCAACAGGGAGACCCAGCAGUGGUACACAUACAACCACCCUGCACCAGAACCGCGACCUGGAGCGUGUGUGACGAACCACGCCAGACAAAUGGGAAUCCAGUCGUCCUUGCACAUGCCCGACAAGGUGCUCAACUUUGUCAAGGACCAUUUCCUGAUGGACAGCGUGAUCCGGAGCGCCCCCUUGCUGCUGAAACGCAGCGUACGCUACACGCAGAUCGCCGUGCACAAGAUUCAAGGCAUGGAGAGGGCCUAUGAUGUGCUGUUCAUCGGAACAGAUGACGGGAAGCUGCACAAGGCCGUCAACGCCAACGACAAGAUGCACAUCAUCGAGGAGAUGGUUUUGUUUCACGAACCGCAACCCGUGCAGCAUAUCGAACUGGACCCUCAAAGGGGCCUCCUGUUUGUUUCGUCCUACUCUGGCCUAGUGGAGGUUCCUGUGGCCAAUUGUUCCAACUACCUAAGCUGUGGAGAGUGUGUCCUGUCCAGAGAUCCUUACUGCGCCUGGACUGGACGUCUGUGUCGGGAUGUCCGGAUGGCGCCGCCUGACAGCCACUGGCAGCAAGAUGUGGAGGAGGCUGACACUUCGGCCAUUUGUAACAGAACCCUCUCAGGCCCGAGAUCUGCCCGACCAACAGCUGCCCGUGGAUCCCGUUGCCACCUUAUUACCAUCCCUACCAAUACUUUUCGGGUCCUUCCUUGCAAAUUGCGCUCCAACUUAGCCCAGAGGAAGUGGCGCUACAGCGCUAGCGCUAGCCAGUUCCUGUACGCCACACCCGAGGGGAGUCUAGUGGUGGUGGCGCAAGCCGACAAAACGGAGACCUACGAGUGCUGGUCGGAAGAAGAGAGCUUCCGCCAGCUGCUAGCCAACUACUGCGUGAGAGCGGAACCUCGCGGUGAGAGUACCACAGCCGCGGUGGGCCAUUCACGCACACCGCACGUGAAGCGCGAGGAGGUUAUGAUCCUCCCCGGCGAAUCUCGCUCGGAGCAGAUCCACACUAAGACUUACUGGAACGAACUCAUCGUUGUCUGCGCUCUGCUCGCUUUCUCUCUCGUCGUCUUCUCUUUGUUUGUCAUCUACCGCAAUCGCGACCACAUGAAGUCCAUGCUAAAGCAGGGCGAGUGUGCUAGCAUGCAGCAGAAGAAGCCUAGAAUUGCCGGCAAGCCCGCGGAGAGCCUGCCGCUCAAUGGCAACACAAUCCCCGUGUCCACGUCAGACCACAAGGGCUACCAGACGCUCAAUGACAACUACAUCUGCAGCACGCCAACCAGGGAAUCGUCGCCGGAGAGCAAGAGUUUCUCCGACGCGUCCGACGGGCGACCGCUCAACAUCAAGGAGAGUCAUGUGGAGUACUCGCCCACUUGUCCGCGACCAAGAGUGCGGUUAGGCUCGGAGAUUAAAGACUCUAUCGUGUGAGAUCCUGGCAUCUUUUUACUUUGCUCCAUUUCUUUUCUUUCAAGCUGCGUGGGACGGAAAAGCAGCUCCAGCAGGGUCGAGGAUUUGGCAGCUGCUCUCCAAUAGUUUUAGUCAAUUUCCUCAUGGCCACUAAUUGCAGAGAAAAUGGUUGCGGAGUGUGGCAAUUCAAGACAGAAGAUGCUCUCACAGUAUUUAUGUCUUCAAAUUCAAUGUCAUUAGACGUCGGUUUCGAAGAAGACUAAAAACUGAUGCGUCCCUCUGUGUGGAUGAUGUACAGAUGAAGGAUGAUAAGACUAUAUCUUAACAGAUCAAAGACGCCAAGGAUAGGGCAACAAAUGUGCAGACUCGUACCUCCUGAAUGUAUGUCUGUCUGGAUUGGAGAAAAUAAGUCUGUUUAUUCACGCCUACCAGUGAACGCAACGCAGACUGUCGAAUGGCGGGCAUAUACGCUGAAUUGUGCAGGUACUACGAUGACAAAAUACCGGGAGCAUUAAGCGGGGUGUACACAAACCGAUAACGGGAAUGAAUGUGAGCGUUUUUCCACGUGAGUUACCAGAUAAACUAACACUGAGGCUGUGUUGGGAAGCAUUCACUCAUGGCCUAAAGCAAAUCACUAUGAAAAUCUGUAUGUGUAUACCCCGCUUUACAUAAUAGACAGCCAAGGAGUUCAAACUUUUUCAGGGUCGCACCGAAUCAUCACGUGCUCUGUGCCAAUAACAACAACAAAAAAAGCAACAAUUAACCUAUCGAAAAUGCAAUAGUGCCAUUGUGUUGUGAUGACCACUCCCACUUUUGUCUUAGAAUCGCAAAUAGCACACACAGGCUUUCGCUUAAGGCCCUAAAAUAUCUUGUGUUCAGUGGCAUUUUUAUGAAAAAAAAAAAUGAUGGGUUGCCGACCACUUAGGUAAACAUACAGACAACAACAGUACUCUCAGUAUCAGUUUCUCUUACUACAAUAAUAUACGCAACUGUGCAUACAACAAAAAAUUAAAUAGAAUCUUAGUUAGCUCGCAAUAUAAUUGCCUUAUUCAGGUCAUGUCAUUUGUUAACUGUGGUCACUUGUUGCUCAGCAGGACUCGAGGGUAGAAAAAGGCUCCUGAAUAAUCCUGCUGUUCCUGCCUUUCUCUGUGUGUGCAUUUCAUUAGAUCAGGAUUGAAUGCGACUUGCAUAUGAUGCCUGUGUGUCCUCAUUUUUAAUGAAAUGAUACUGUAUAAUCUUAUAUUUUUUUACACAUUUUAAAAAUGAUAUUUAUCGGAAAACGACAGUACAAAUGCUAACCAACUAAUUGAAAUCAGAAGCCACUCAAACACAAACUGAUUCUAUUUUUCCAAACGCAUGAAUACAAGGGCGUAGGUUUGCAUAAGGACAGUAGGGACAAAACACUACCAACUUUUCAGGAUGCUCAAAUUGUCCCCACCAACUUUUAAGCAACCUUAUUUGCAUUUUAUAAUGAGUUCAGUUAUAUAGGUACCGGAUUGGCCCGAAUAUAAACAGUGUUUUUUGCAUUGAAAUAAGACUGAAAAAGAGGGGGUGGUCUUAUAUUCGCGGUUGAGACAUUAUACCCAUUCACGAUGCUAGAUGGCGUCAGAUAUCAUUGAAGCGAUGUUCUGUCAUUACAGAUCUCAGCUACUCUCCCCAUUCACGACGCUAGAUGGCGCCAGAUAUCAUUGAAGCCAUGUUCUGUCAUGAUAGAUCUCAUCUACUCUCAAGUUUAACCAGUUUGCAUUUUUUUAUUGCAACGUUUUUCCUUAUUCUGAUUUGUUUCAAGACUACAGUUACAGUUAGACUUCACUUUGAUGGUUAAUGCAGUUAUUGAAGUUUUGUUGUUAUAUCACAAUAGAUUGGUUUAUUUACAUUUCAAAAACCAGAAGCCAUUCAUUUACGAAUGUGAUUGCACUAUAGUUUACACAUUUAAAUGUUCAAAUAUUAAGAUUUGAAUGAGGCAAAUCCAUGCUUUUUCUCUCAAAUAUAUUGUUAUAAACAUUUGCUUCGGAUGUACUGUAAUUAUUUUCUGUAUAAAAAUUAAUUUGGUGUUCAAAAAGUCUUUUUUUAAAACUUGAGUCUUGAAAAAGAGGGGGUCGUCUUAUAAUCAGGGCCGUCUUAUAUUCAGGCCAAUACGGUAAUUUAGAUUGCCUUCCCAUAUGUUGUAAGGAUACAAUUUACCCUACCAUUGUUAAGUGAAUUAUUUUCAUUAUGUUCAGACUCAUAUUUACCCCUUUUUCUGGUCCAUUUCCCCCCCCUCAAACUCACGUUUGAUUGACUGAUGACUUGAGCACCCCCCCCCCCACACACACACACACACACACUUACACAUGCACUGACCCGACGAAAAUACAACAUGUCGCCAACAUGCCACCUAAUCCGCCCCCUUCAAAGAGGAGGGAUAUUAAAAGGGUUUUUUUCAGCCAGCAGCAGCCACUGUAAGUAAUGUAAAAAGGCGUCAAUGUUAUGGAGGUGGGAAACACACCACUAAUUUUGCUACUGAAAUUUUGCUAGAACCUGCAUCAGAGUUUGCAUAACAUUAAACUGUGUGAAUUUGCUAACCUGCAAAACUCGAGCAGGAAGCUGCUUAGAGAUCAUAAUUUAUUUGUUUUGCUCUGUGUGAUUGCUAUUUGCAAUAGCACCAGCAGCAUUUAUUAAGGAUUUAGUGUAGGUUUUCGGGCUGUGGAACGAAUUAAUGGAAUUAUAACCUAUUCCAAUGGGAAAAUCCUGCUCAACAUACGGCCAUUCCUACUUACAAACAAGGUCCUGGAACGAAUUAACAUCGUAUGUAAAGGUACCACUGUAUUUCAUAGUUUGAGGAUUGUCUUUAUUGUGUUUACCCCAAGGGCGUAGGUUUGGUCUCAACAUUGAUAGGGACAAUAUAACAGCAUAAUUUUCAUGUACACUUUUUUGCUCGGGAUGGGACAUUAUUAAGACCAAACAUAUUGGGUGAAUGGGGGUCAGGGCUACAUUUCUCAUGAAUAGGAACCUAAUUCAUUGAAAUGCUAAAUCGGGGGUGCUCAUUACAUCGAUCACGAUCGACCAGUCAAACGCAACACUAGUGUGGGUAGCUCACGGCAUCCAAUAUAUAUGUAUAUAUAUAUAUAUAUAUAUAUAUAUUUUUUUUUUUUUUUUUUUUUUAUGUACAUAGUUAAAUAUGAUUAUGUUGUGUGUAUCUUGUGUUGUGUGAGCAACAUGAGGUUAUGCAGCACCCAUUUUUCUCAGUAGCUUCUUGCUCACGUUUUUCUGGUUCUAUAGUUCCCAGCAGAGUUCACUAAAUUUCUCCCAGUUUAAUUAACAAUAACAGUUGAAAACACAAACAGAAGGACACUUCUCUCUAAGCAGCUUCCUACUUGAGUUUUGCAGGUUAGCAAGUUCACACAGUUUAAUGUUAUGCUAGCGCUGAUGCAGGUUGGACUUUCAGUAGCAAAAUUAGUGGUGUGUUUCCCACCUCCACAAAAUUGGCGUCUUUUUAAAUGACAGUACCUGCUACUGGCUGAAAAAAAACUUAUAAAAUCCCUCCUCUCCGAAGGGGGUGGAGGAGGUGGCAUGUUGUCGACAUAUGUUUCUGUCAGGGCUGUGUGGGGGUGAGCAUGUGUGUGUGUGUGUGUCAGGGGUAAAUGUAAGUUAGAACAUAAUAAGAAUAAUUCACUUAAUAAUUGGAGGGUCAAUUCUAUCCUUACAGCAUAUGGGAAGACAAUUUAAAUUAUAUGUAUAAAUGAACUCGUUAUAAAAUGCAUACAAGGUCGCUUAAAGGUUGGUGGGGACAAUUUGAGCAUCCUAAAAAGUUGGUAGUGUUAUCUCCCUACCGUACCUAUGCGAGCCUACGCCCUUGGUUUACCCAGAAAUACUGUUAAUGUUUCUGACUUCCCUCCACAGCAGAGAAAUGGCAGGGUGGCUUGGCAACAUACAGGAAGUUACACCAAAAAAAUACAAUAAAAAAUAACUCUACAAUAAUAAAAAAAAAAAUGUCUUAUGAUUAUGCAAAUUUAUUGACACCAUUUAUUCACUACUCGAUAUUAAAUUUUAAAUGUACCAACUGCUGGACCAGGCCAGUGCCACAAUUUGAUGAAAAGCAUCCAUGUCCAAAUUUGGAAGUUUUUCCAUGCAAUCCAAAAAGCAAUUUUUUUUUUCCACCCAUGUUCAUUUUUCAGAUGAUUUAUUCCCACUGGUCUCUGCUGCUUCAAAUAGCAGAGAGCAGGAAGUUACUCAAACACACACAAAUAACUCCCAAAACUUCACUUCUAGGAUUAUAAAACAGGUUGUUGUUGGUGUUUUGUUUUGUUUUUUUUUUCACAAAAUUCAAUCAUUGCAUUAGCCAAAAAAAGUCAACAGAAUGUAUUAAAACAUUUUUAAUGCUGGAAUAGUUUUUUGUUUUUUUUGUUUUUUUUUAGUAUAACCCAGCAAAACGUAUGUGUUUUUUUUGUUGUUUUUUUUUUUUUUAAAUAUGGAUGGGCAAUGGGGGGAGGACCAUCCAAUGCUUAUGCCCAAACCUACUCUGAAGAAUGUACAGUAAUUGUUUGAGGAAGUCCAUGAAAACAUGAUCUCAAUUGUAGGCUCCCAGGUCUCAAUCCACUCAUCCUUCGUCACUCGCGUAAUGUGAGAGCACAAAAUAAUCAGGGCGUUUGCACAGCAUGCUUAUUUCCACGUAAAAUGCAACUACUGAUACUGAGAAAACAAGAAAAAGGGGACCAUUGUGAACAUUCAGUGUACACUAUCAAGACUUAAAAAGCAGACUUUUUCCAAAGACAUAGGAAACAUAUAUAAGAUAAUAUCACUGACUCAGUACAAAAUGGCACCACGUCUUGGAAUAUAUACAGCACCACUAAUCAGAACUAUAAUCUAUUUUAGCGUAAAAAUGUUUAAACGGAGUGACCGACAACUGGCUCUGUUCCAUCACAUCCAGUUGACAGUGUCAUUGCACAAUGUAGAGCGCAAAAAGUGGUCCGUGUUUAUAUUUUGCAUUGAUUAUAUUGAAUAUCUGUGCUUAAUAUUGUGUGCGUGUGUGAGAAUUUUUUUAUGGGGACUUGUGUAAGUUGUGUUGUAGAGAUAGAACUGAACCUUUUUGUCCACCCAUAAAGUUUUGUUGCCUUCCUACGCAAUACCUACCGCUAAUGAGCACUCAUGUUUGUGGCUCAAGCAUAUCAAAGCAGGAAUUAACUGUAGUUAUGUUUACUAGCCAUUUGUUAGCAUAGCAAUAGUAGAAACAGUGACACACACGCUACUGUUUUUAAUGUGUCUUCAAGCUUCAUAUGUGUGAAUUAGGGUUGAACACACUACUAAUUGUGGUAAGAUAGCUUGCUUUAAGCUUAUUGCUAUGUGUGUGAUAUUGAACUAAUAAAAAUGGAUGUAAUAAUAAGAACACUGGGAACUUGAAUGCAUAAGAAGAAAAAUAUCCUGCUUUCAUAUGCUUGAUAGUCUCCUAAAAGUAUUAAAUGCCUUUAUCUUUCUGCCUUUUUUUAGCCAUGUGCCAUGUUGCACCGUCCAGCAUUUACAAUUCACGACAACACGGGUCACUCUACCAUUGCUAACGGUAGCCGCUAACCAUAAGACCGAGGCUUGCUGAAAAUGCUUUUUUUGUUUCGGUUUUGUUUUAGCACACUCCAUAGACUUCAUAAUGUAUUGACGGAAGAGGGCGCGGGGCAGAUUCAUAGGGGGCCUAUCUCCAUUAAAGCUGACCGAGUAGAAACACAAAGAGCUUUUUCAGUUGAAUAUUUUUGUGAAUAAAUGUUUAAAUCCCUGAAUUCUUUAUAGAUAUGGACGUAAAGCGGUCUCGAUUAUUGGUUACAAGCAAAAAAAACGUGCCGUUAGCAUUUAUUUUAUGUAAAUAUUGCGAACUAUGAUGCCAGUCAGUAAGCAAAUUAGCGGCCGCCAUAUCACAAAGAGCUUUUUCCGUUGAAAAUUCCUGUAAAUAAAUGCUUAAAUCCCUGAAUUCUUUAUAGACUUGGACAUAAAACAGUCUCGAUUCUUGGUUAAAACAAAAAAAAAAACGUGCAGUUAGCAUUUAUUUUACGUAAAUAUUGCGCACUAUUAUGCUAGUCAGUAAGCAAAUUAGCAGCCGCUAUAUCACAGACAAAGAGCUUUUUCUGUUGAAAAUUCUUGUAAAUAAAUGCUUAAAUCACCAAAUUCUUUAUAGAUAUGGAUAUAAAACAGUCUCGAUUGUUGCUUAAAAGCGCGGGGGGAAAAAAACGUGCAGCUAGCAUUUAUUUUACGUAAAUAUUGCGAACUAUGAUGGCAGUCGGUUAGCAAAUUAGCGGCUGCCAUAUCACAGACAAACAGCUUUUUCCGUUGAAAAUUCUUGUAAAUAAAUGCUUUAAUCCCUGAAUUCGUUAUAGAUAUGGACGUAAAACAGUUAUGAUUCUUGGUUAAAAGCAAAUUUUAAAUAAAAACAGGCAGUUAGCAUUUAUUUUACGCAAAUACUGUAUGUUGAAUGUGCUGCUAGUCUUUAAGUCACUGUGGUGGGCCCCUUAGUACAACAAACAGCUUUUUGCAUUGAAAAUUCUUGUGAAUAAAUGCUUAAAUCCCUGAAUUCUUUAUAGAUAUGGACUUAAAACAGUUUCGAUUCUUGGUUAUAAGCAAAAAACCGGGUAGUUAGCAGUUAUUUUACAAAAAUAUUGCGAAGCAUAAUGCCAAUGCUGUAGCGGCUAAUUUCUCCCAUUUUUUUGCACGUUUCAAAAUGCAUGCAUGGCACCAAAAAUAUAAUAAUUACCUUGAAUCCUCAAACAAAUCACUCCUGAGACAAUCCUUCCUGUUUGUAUGCAGUACCGCUUUCGUACUUUUUCAGCCUAAAUCCGGCGUUUGAUCGCUGCAUGUGACCAACUGCUAAUAAAUGAAGCGGAGUGUGGGACGGCCCCUUUCGGGAAGGUGUGACGCAGUGAAUGGUGAAUGUUUGUCACGUCAGUAUAUUAUGAAGUCUAUGCACACUCAUGCCUUUCCGAAGACACAAACAAGCGUGUAAAUGUCAACAUUUGGCCUUAAUUGUUUUACGUAUUUAUUAAUGACGAGCUUUUUGUUCCGGAGCAAUUAAGCUUUCUUCAUUUUGAGUGGCUCCUCGGUGAUGCAACAUAUACUGUAUUGGACAUGAAUGUAGCCAGAUACUUUUUUUUACUUUUUAAUGGAAACCUUAACACUUUUAUUUUUUGUCCCAAAAAGUCUUAUGACACAGACAACACAAUAGAAGACAGUCAACAUUACAUAUUGGCAUCAUCAAACGAAAUGACAUCUACUUGGUUGUCUGGAAAACAAAAGACAAAUGUGGUUUUGCCUGCAUGAUUCCCUUCUCGCUCGCUCUUUUUUUAUUAUUAUGUGUCAUGUAUAUACUUGUGAACCGUCUUUUUUUGUAUUAUGGAAAUGAAUUGUGAAUUGUUUUUGUUAUAAUGUACAUAAAAAGCACUUUAUUUUAAAGUUUUUAAGAUAAAUGAAUAAAAUCAAUGUUUUUGACAGAC